AUGGUUGUAGGAUUAUUUUAUUUGGAAACCACGCCGCAGCCCGCGCUGUUCGUGGAUUGCAUCCCGCUGUUCCACGGCACGCUGGCGCUCGCCCCCAUGCUGGAGGUGGCGCUGACCCUGAUUGAUUCCUGGUGCAAGGAGAACAGCUACGUGAUAGCUGGAUAUUACCAGGCGAACGAACGCGUGAAAGAUGCCAGCCCAAACCAGGUUGCAGAGAAAGUGGCGUCCCGGAUUGCCGAGGGUUUCACGGACACUGCGCUCAUCAUGGUUGACAACACCAAGUUCACCAUGGAGUGUGUGGAGCCUGCCAUCCACGUGUACGAGCUGCACGAGAACAAGUGGAGGUGCAAGGACCCACACGUUGACUUCUGUGAAGAUUGGACUGAAGCCCAGCGAAUCGCUGCCUCCCUCCUGGACAGCAAAUCCUACGAGACACUGGUGGAUUUCGACAAUCACCUGGAUGACAUCCGCAACGACUGGACAAACCCGGAGAUCAACAAAGCUGUGCUGCACCUGUGCUAGGAGGGAUCCUCCUGACUAAUCCAUGGCCAUUCCCACUCUGUACUGAAGAGAGAAAAAUGCUAUUUUUGAAUGUAAAUAGAAUUAAUAUUCAGUACCUUGUGUGGAAAGCUGACUGAUUAAAGAGGAGUGGCGCGGCGCUGUGUCCCUAAAGCCGUGGAAUGUUGGUGGUGACAUUCCCUGGAAGAGCUGCCAGCUGUCCUCGUGGACACCAUCCCACUUGUAGUGAAUGUUGCUAUUCCUUGGAAACCAGAACUGCUUCUGCUUGGCCCCCACUGUUCCUAUUCCAAAGUUUUGACUCCAGCUUUUCUAAUCUUUAGAGAGGUUACUUUUU